ACGAAAGUAAAACCUGGGAUGUUUUCAGUCAGUGUGAGGCAGCCAUGGCAGCUCCGGGUGCGGUCAGGGAUCUCUGUGAGGAAGCCACUUGCUCCGUCUGUCUGGAGUAUUUCAAGGACCCCGUGACCAUCGUGGAGUGUGGGCACAAUUUCUGCCGAGCCUGCCUGACCCAGUGCUGCGGGGAGCCGGACACAGAGGCUUUCUGCCCUCAGUGUAGAGAAACUGUUCAGCAAAGCAAGUUCAUCCCAAAUCGGCAACUGAAAAGUGUUGUAGAGAUAGCCAAGAAACUCAGUCUUCAGGGAGGAAACAAGACCGAAGGAGAGGAGAGAGUCUGUGAGAAACACCGAGAGCCCCUGAAACUCUUCUGCAAAGACCACGAAAGCUCCAUCUGUGUGGUGUGUGAUAGAUCCAAGGAGCAUGAAAACCACAAGGUGAUUCCUCUGGAAGAGGCUUACGAAGAGUACAAGGAUCAGAUCUGCAGCCUUAUAAAGACUUUGAGGAAGAAAGAGGAAAAAAUGCUGGCGUAUAAAGGAGACAUAGAAAAGAAAAGCCAGGAUCUGCUUGAGCAAACAAAAGCAGACAAGCAGAAGACGAGGGCUGAGUUCAGACAACUGCACCAGUUUCUGGAGGAGCAAGAGAAACGUUUGCUGGCCCAGAUGGAGGAGCUGGAGAAAGAGAUUGCGAUCAAAAGGGAUGCGCACCUGGCCACAGUCUCCAAGGAGCUCUCCUCCUUGGCAAGUUUCAUUCAAGAGAUGGAGGAGAAACGUCAGCAGCCAGCGAGUGAACUUCUGCAGGAUGUUAGAAGGACCUUGGAGAGGUGUGAGACGGAGAAAACAUAUGACAAGAAGAAUCCAGUGGCUUUUCCUCCUGCCCUGAAGUGGAGGAUCUGGGACUUCUCUGACAUAAGCGCCUUUCUGGAGGGUGUCAUGAAGCAGUUCCAAGACACUCUGGUAUCUGGACUUCCACUGCAGAAAGCAAACGUCAUUUUGGAUCCAGACACAGCAAAUCCCAGGCUCAUCAUGUCCGAGGAUCCUAAAAGCCUGACAUGUGGAGAAAAAUAUCAAGAUCUGCCCCAGAAUCCUGAGAGAUUCGACUGCUGGCCUUGCGUGCUGGGAUGUGAGGGAUACUCAGCAGGCAGACAUUCCUGGGAAGUGGCUGUGGGAGGUGAGGGAGACUGGGCUGUGGGGGUCGCCAGCAAGUCUGUGAAGAGAAAGGGCUGUUUUGAAUUAGGUCCUGAGGAAGGGAUCUGGGCUGUCGGGAAAUUGGGAGGUCAAUACAGGGCCUUCACCUCCCCUAAAUGGACUCCUCUGUCCCUGUGUGGGGCGUUGAAGAGGGUCCGAGUGUCCCUGGAUUGUGCUGGGCCGCGACUGACGUUUUCCGAUGCUGAUACAGCAGCCCCACUCUACGCUUUCUCAGGAGCCUCCUUCACCAGAGGGACCGUCUGCCCCUUCUUUCUUGUGUAUAGAAAUAGUCUCCUCACCCUCUCCCUCUGAGGCAGCCACGUGAUCUUCCUCCCAGGCCCAGCUCGUUUUCUUCUCCAGACCAGGGCAAUUAAGAAGAAAUCAAAGCUUUUUAGACCAGGAGUCCCUUUUCUGGCUUCCUCUCCCUUCAACCAAAGCUGAAAAUAGAAGUCUGAUUUCUCCCCCCGCCCCCUUAUCCAGAGUCCCCCCACUUUCCUCAGAAAAUAUUUCUUAAAGACACCGUAGUUCAUUAAUGGUUGUCAACACCACAGUUUAACUGCAUGAUGGAAGAAAAGAGGGAUAUAAAGGUGACCAGCAAAAUAAAUUACACUACAAACUCUUCUCAGAAAAGGCAAAACUCUGUCAAUGGGUAUCUCUCCAGUCCUGGUUCCCACCUCCCUGUUCUUCUCCCCUCAGGUCCCAAGAUACCCUAACCCUGUUCAAAUGUGGAAAAACCCACCACCCUUAUUUAUCAUGGAUCCCUGAUCAGGAGGCUGAUGUGACAUUUCAGGCAGAAUCCCUCUCUUCCCAAAUCUCUGGCCCCAGCUGGUGCAGAAUGCUGCAGUCAGAGUGCUGGCAGGGGCCGACUUUUUAGAGAAUGUUUUUAUGGUGGUGUUUAACUUAGAUUGUAAGCACCUUGGGGCAAGGACUGACAUCAUAUUUUUAUGUUGUAUGAUUCAUGUUGAUGUUGCUUUUUAAAAAUAAAAUGCAGUGGUAUUUUUCAAUUGUGAUGUUAACUCCUUGGGCAUUUUACUGAAAUGGAAAAACAAGAAAUACAACUAUAUAAGUGCUAGAGAAAGUGAUGGCCACUAGCUUAGAUAUCUUUAAAAAUGAAUGAGUCAAAUUAUUGCUGUUAGAGUGUUGCACUAGGACCAGGAAGACCCGAGUUUAAAUCCCCAUUCGUCCGUGAAGCUCACUGGGUGACUUGGGGCCAGUCAUAUAUCUUUCAGCCUAACCUACCUCACAGGGUUGUUGUGAGGAGAAAAAUAACCAUGUACACCUCUCUGAGCUCUUCAGAGGAAGAGUGGGAUAUAAAUGUAAUUAAUAAAUAAAUAAAAUCAAUAAUACUAUACAUGUUUGUACAAUAAAACCUCCAUAUAUGAA